AUGGCCCUGGGACAGAGGCUGCUCAUCACUAUGUCCCGGGGAGCAGGGCGUCUGCAGGGCACGCUGCGGGCUCUCGUCUUCCUCGGCGUCCUCGUGGGCGUGGUGGUGCCCUCUCCCGCGGGCACCCGCGCCAACAGCACGCUGCUGGCCUCGAGGGGCUGGGGCACCCUGCUGUCCAGGUCUCGGGCUGGGCUGGCUGGGGAGAUCGCCGGUGUAAACUGGGAAAGCGGCUAUUUGGUCGGGAUCAAGCGGCAGCGGAGGCUCUACUGCAACGUGGGCAUCGGCUUCCACCUUCAGGUGCCCCCCGACGGCCAGAUCAGCGGGACCCACGAGGAGAACCCCUACAGCCUGCUGGAGAUUUCCACUGUGGAGCGAGGCGUGGUGAGUCUCUUUGGGGUGAAAAGUGCCCUCUUCGUUGCCAUGAACAGUAAAGGAAGAUUAUACACCACGCCCAGCUUCCAAGAGGAGUGCAAGUUCAGGGAGACCCUCUUGCCCAACAACUACAAUGCCUACGAGUCAGACCUGUACCGGGGCACCUACAUCGCGCUGAGCAAAUACGGACGCGUGAAGCGGGGCAGCAAGGUGUCCCCAGUCAUGACCGUCACUCACUUCCUCCCCAGGAUAUAAGGACCCUGAAGGGAGGCUCACAGGUGGAAAGCAACAUCUUUUCUGUUGGAAUUUUGCACAAGUGAACCGUUCCCCCUCCCCCAUGCCUCCCGAGCCGGGCUCCUUU